UUUUUUUAUACUGUUUAAUAAAUAGUCACAUAAAAAAUUAUUGUUGCAUAAAAAUUAUCAUUAAUCAGACUAAACGGAGAUAGUUCUUAUGUUCAAUAAUAUAUUGCUGUCUCAUGGAUAACGAAUCUUGCACGAAGAGAGACCCUGACGAAUUGAACGUCACGCAGAUCGCGAGGUCGAAGAUCGCCGAACGAAAACAGUAGAUUCUUCCAUAUCGGUUCGAACUUCAAGCAGGCUUUUAGACUGGCUAAAGACUCACAUCAUAGCUGGUGGUCUCAUCGAUAAAGAAACAUCUUGAUUUUGCAUAGUUAACUGUUUCACUAUAAAAAUAUAAAAUUUGUGAACGGAAAUUCAUAUACUGACGUGUUUCAGGACUUUUAUAAACAAAUAAAUAUACUCAAAAGAGAUUGUUGGCUGGAAAAUUGGUGGAGUAAUGCAGAUCAAAGAUAAACGAGUUAUAAUAACUGGAGCAGCAAGUGAUGUGGGUCUAGCAUUUAGUAGAGAGCUGCUGCGAAAUGGAGCUUUGAUGAUAGUUAUGAUCGAUAUCAAGCAACAAAUUGGAGAACAGGCUGUAGAGAGUUUAAACAAUGAGUUUGGCCGCAAACGAGUUGUAUUUCUUCACUGCGAUGUAACAAAUAAUUCCGAAUUUGACACCACGUUGAAAGAGGCAAUCUGCAUUCUCGGUGGACUAGACAUUUUAAUAAACAAUGCAGGCGUAAUAAAUGAAAUUGACUUUUCUAAAGCUAUCGAUGUUAAUGUGACAGCUGUGAUUCGUGGGACUCUUCUGGGGAUUCAACAAAUGCGAAAGGAUUCUGGUGGCAAGGGUGGUAUUAUCGUAAAUAUUUCGUCUAUUGCCGGAUUACGAGCUGUAUCUCAACUUCCAGUAUAUUCUGCUACAAAACAUGCUGUGGUUAGUUUCAGCCGUUCUUUUGCGCAACCUUAUCACUACGAAAGGACUAAUGUAAAAGUAAUUGUUCUGUGUCCUGGUUUGAGCGAUAUACCAGAAGAUUUAUCGCAGGGUAUUUCAAAUGUUAAUAGUUUGCAGUAUGAUCAACCUCAGAGGGUGGAGAGCGUAGCUCAUGGAUUGAUAUAUGUAAUUCGAUGCGCACAGAACGGCAGCGUAUGGAUUAGUGAGGACGGAAAACCGGUUUUUGAGGUGCAGCUUCCCGAUACUUUGCCGCAAAAAACUGAAGUUGAUACACAGGACUAACUGCUAAUAUAAAAUCAAUC